AUGUCUCCUACCACCUUUAUUCUCACGAGCUCCCCUUUUGUCUUGAACCAGAUUGCCUUGGCAAGCUUCAUCCCGAAUAUUCGCCAGCCACACCAGGACGGGAAGAAGCCCUACGCGGUUAAAGCCUCUGACUACUCCGUUCAGCCAGACGAUGCCUUCGAUGGGCUUAUCAAUACCGGCUCAAAAAACUUCCUCAACAUCUUUGCAACCAGAUUUGCGUCCUUUUCUUUACAGCAUGACAAGAGCAGUAUGCUGCACGUCACUGCUCAGAAAGGCCGCAUAUACUCGCUGGACAACCCCAGCAGUCUGUUUCAGGAGAUAGUGUUUGGACCAGAGACGGGCGGAGACAUGCAGGAGUGGUUCGAGCACUGCAAACGGCUCAGAAUCCAGCCCCGAUUUGUGACUGGGUACCGCACCUUCAUAGACGCUCAGGUCUCCCGUGGCCAGCAUCUCACAACCGAUAUUUCAGGGCAAGGAACAGUCCCAAUCAGCACUGCCCAGGGAGACAUGUUUGGCACCGCAGACAUCGAAGUGCAGGGUGGUCGACAAAUGAACACGGACGUGAAGGGCGAGAUGAACGCGCCAGGCGAACGGAUCUACGCGAUCUGCUAUCGUAAGAUCAAUAUCUCAUCUCAUGAAGGAAAGGUGACGGCCUUACUGGAGCAAACAAACAAAUGGAAGCCUUUUGCGGUAAUGCGUGGCGAACCAGAUGAGGAGUACUUCCAGGCGGACCUGUCCGACAAAGAGGAUAUUGAACGAUGUGACACUUACGAGAUUGAAAGCACCCAAGGGAAGGCAAUUUUUGCCGUUCCAUCCGAAUAG